UACACAUCAUCAGUUGCAGAAGUUGAGAAACACACUGCUCUACGGACUCCACUGCUGACUCACUUCCAUCAUCUUCCAUGUCAAUCUCCGCCGCUUCCCGGCGCGCGCUCCGCCGGAUCGGCGGCGCGCUCCUCCGCCGCCCCUUCUCGUCGGAGACGGCGGCGGGGUACCACGUGUCGGGCGGGCCGAGCUUCAUGCGGGCGGCGGUGUUCUGGGAGCCCGGCCGGCCGCUCACCAUGGAGGAGUUCCGCAUGCCGCGGCCCAAGGCCGGCGAGGUCCUCGUCAAGACCAAAGCUUGUGGUGUCUGCCACUCUGAUCUCCAUGUCAUGAAGGGUGAACUCCCGUUCUCGAGCCCUUGUGUCGUCGGCCAUGAGAUCACCGGCGAGGUCGUCGACCAUGGCGCGCACACGCCUGCCGAGAUCGUCAAUAGGUUCCCAGUUGGCAGCCAUGUUGUCGGCGCCUUCAUAAUGCCCUGUGGGAAUUGUUUUUACUGCGUUAAGGGCCAAGAAGAUCUGUGUGAGUCUUUCUUUGCAUAUAAUCGUGCUAAAGGAACACUAUACGAUGGUGAAACCCGGCUGUUUCUACGCAGCAAUGGAAAACCGGUGUACAUGUACAGUAUGGGCGGGCUCGCGGAAUACUGUGUUGUGCCAGCCAAUGCACUAGCAGUUCUUCCUAGCUCAUUGCCAUAUACAGAGUCAGCAAUCCUAGGAUGUGCUGUAUUCACCGCGUAUGGCGCUCUGAGGCAUGCUGCUGAAAUGCGUGCUGGUGAUUCAGUAGCAGUGAUUGGAGUUGGAGGGGUUGGAUCAAGCUGUUUACAGGUAGCGAGAGCCUUUGGAGCUUCCGAAAUCAUUGCGGUGGAUGUUCUCGAUGAGAAACUCCAGAAUGCUAAAACACUUGGAGCAACCCAUACUGUAAACGCAGCUAAAGAAGACGCUGUUGAAAGGAUCAAGGAAAUUACUGGUGGGAGGGGUGUGGAUGUGGCUGUGGAGGCACUUGGUAAGGCAUUAACGUUUGCCCAGUGCACCCAAAGUGUGAGAGAUGGAGGCAAAGCUGUUAUGAUUGGGCUUGCUGCAACAAAUGUAUUGGGCGAGGUGGAUAUAACCCGUCUUGUUCGACGACAGGUCAAAAUCAUUGGCUCCUAUGGUGCAAGAGCAAGGCAAGAUCUUCCUCAGAUAGUCAAGCUCGCUGAGAGUGGGGCCUUCAGUCUCGAGAAUGCCAUAUCGAGGAAAUGCAAGUUCGAAGAGGCGAACAGCGCCUAUGAUGAUCUCAACCAAGGCAAGAUCAUUGGCCGAGCUGUAGUUGAAAUCAUGUAGUGCUGAUGGGAUGAUCAUGUUGUUGCCAAGUCUGGGUUAACAAAAUAAGUAGGUUGUGACAAUGCGUCCCAUGAACUCUGUUCUGCCUUGCAGCAUUGUCCAACAUGAUCUCACUCUCUGGUUUGUAUUGGAUGCAAACAAAUUGUUGAUUGAAAGAUGGUUAAAUUUACAUGGAGAUGUCCAUUUCAAUUUA